AUGUGGUUAAAGUUAAAAAUAAUCCUGUUAAUAUGUGUGAUUCUGGUGAAAAGUAAUGAGGAAUUAAAAGUUUGCCUAAACAACUUGGGUUGUAUUAUGGGCACCGAAAAGCCUGGAUAUAAUGGUGGUGACUUUCUGGCAUUUCUGGGAGUACCGUAUGCCAAACCACCCAUAGGUGACUUAAGAUUUCGUAAUCCAGAGCCGAUUGAAUCGUGGCAAGGCGUUUUGUCGGCCGUAGAAGCAAAGCCCGACUGUAAACAGAGAAAUUAUUUAAUACACCAUUGGCCCAUUGUGGGCGAUGAGGAUUGUUUGUAUAUGAAUAUUUAUAGACCCAAAGGUGUCAUUGAAAAACCAUUGCCGGUUAUAUUUUACAUUUAUGGUGGUGGAUUUUUCAGUGGUUCUUCGAAUCCCGCUGUUAUAGGUCCGGAGUAUUUUAUGGAUACGGCUGAAGUGUUGGUGGUGGUGAUUACCUAUCGCUUGGGUCCUUUUGGUUUCUUAAGUUCUGGUUGUGGUGAAAUGCCGGGUAAUUUUGGUUUGAAAGACCAAUUGUUGGCCUUGAAAUGGGUUAAUGAACAUAUUGCUGCGUUUGGUGGCGAUCCCAAUGAAAUUACGUUAUUUGGCCAUAGUGCUGGUGCCAGUGCGGCACAUUUUCAUAUGAUUAAUCCCAAAACUAAAGAUCUUUUCAAACAAGCCAUAUUAAGUAGCGGUAACGUCUUGGCUCCCUAUGUGGGUAUCGUGGAUAAGCCGUUGGAACAAAUGCAUACCAUAGCCCAUGCACUAGGUAUCGAUGCAGAGCUGACACAAAACACCAAAGAUCUGGUCGAUAAACUACGAACCCUAGAUGCCGAUACCAUACUUCAUGCUGGGGACUCUUUGAAAUUUUGGUUCAAUCAUAUACUUUUCAACUUUGGACCAGUUAUAGAAGAUGCCACCGAAACAAAUUCCUAUUUAAUAGAACAUCCCUACGAAACCAUACGCCAUGGAAAUUAUGAUUUAAAACCCUGGUUUACGGGUUUGGUAUCGUACAAAGGAGAAGGUGCACCUAUAUCUCUAAACAUUUACGAUAAUCUGACUUUGAGAGCUGAAUUGAAUGAAAAUUUUGACGAGAAAAUGAUGAAGUUGUUAGAUAUAAAAAGUGAAGAGAAAUUUAAUGGAUUUAUUGAGGAAUAUAUGGAGGGAGUUCAUGAGCUAAAUACGAAUACCGGUGAUGGUUUUUUGGAAUUGUUUAGUGAUUAUUAUUUUUAUUAUCCUGUUUAUAACACUCUAAAGCAUUAUUUCGAUUAUGCUGAUGUCACUAAGGGUCCAGUGUAUAUUUAUAAAUUUUCGUAUCAUGGACCUCAUACUUAUGUACCGGUUUAUACCGGAGGUUCUACAAAUCGUUAUGAUGUUGUGCAUUUUGAUGAUUUACUUUAUCAAUUUCGUCAAUCCGCCCUGUUUCCCGACUUUGAGAAGGAAUCCAUUGAUGCUAAACUGUCGAAGGAGUUUGUGGAUAUUUUGUUGGGAUUUGUUAAAACUGGCAAACCCUUGCAUUAUGACGAUGUUGGUUCCUGUACCAUGGAGCAGUUUAUAACAUCUGGGCCAAAAGGAAUGUGCAAUUAUUUGGAAUUCGCCAAUUCGGAUGAUGGUUAUAAACGUGUGGUGAAUAAAUCAUUCCAUGUCGAUCGUAUGAAAUUAUGGGAUGAAGUAAUGAAAUAUUAA